AUGUCAGCCACAUCACGACCCAUGAAGCACAUUGAUCGCGAGGAUCUCUACACCAACCUCGAGGCCCGCGUCAUGUACCUUCACUCAUUCCUCGACUUUUCCAGCCGAGACAUUGAAGCCCUCAUCACUGGCGCCAAAUACGUCAAGGCCCUUAUCCCCGCCGUAGUCAACAUCGUCUACAAGAAGCUCCUCCAGUACGAUAUUACCGCUCGUGCCUUUACCACCCGCAGCACCUCGUUCGAGGGUCCUCUCGAUGAGGUGCCCGACGAGAACAGCCCUCAGAUUCUGCACCGAAAGAUGUUUCUGCGUGCGUACCUGACCAAGCUGUGCUCUGAUCCCAGCAAGAUGGAGUUUUGGGAGUACCUGGACAAGGUUGGCAUGAUGCACGUCGGACUCGGUCGCAAGCACCCCCUCCAUAUCGAAUACGUCCAUCUCGGUAUCUGCCUAGGCUUUAUCCAGGAUAUCAUGACCGAAGCCAUCCUCUCACACCCCCGCCUACACAUUCAGCGCAAGACGGCGCUCGUCAAGGCCCUCAACAAGGUCAUCUGGAUCCAGAACGACCUCAUGGCCAAGUGGCACGUCAAGGACGGCGCCGAGUUCGAGACUGGCGAUUCAGAUAUUGAGAUUGAGCGCGAGGGUUACCUGCACGGCAAGCGCAUCAUUGGCGAUGGUACCGGCUCCGAGGAUGACGCCUCGGAGCACCACCAGCCCGCCACGCCGUCGCGGAUCCCCCACCCGGGCAUGGCGUCCGGCGGGGUGUGUCCGUUCUCGGGGAUGGGAGCCCCGGCCGACGAGGCCAACUAA